UCCCCACGCCAGCCUCUCCAUUCACCGAACCGACAUCGCGUCGUACGGUCUACGUCACGAUCCGAAAAAAAAGCGCGCGUGCAUUUUCGAAAAACAAUUUAAUAACCCAAUCAAAAAAAAAAUCGGAAAAAAUCCUAAUCCAUUCCUUAAAGUUUUUUUAAGUGCUAUGUGCCUCCGUGUUCGGUUUUCAAACGGCUUCCAAAAAAGAUGAUGAUAGGAUACCAUGUCUUGCGCAAAGUGCCGUGCAUCCAUGGAUAUCACCGCAGUGCUUCUUUACGUGCUGGUGCCCCUUUUGGUCGUUGUUUCGGCCUGUUCAAGCCCGGAAGAAAUCGUUUCAUUGGGAAAGGUUAAAAGGGCGGAAACCCUUCCUGUACCUCUCAAGUCGGUGGUUGAUAUUUGCCAGGUGCCCGGGUGUAAUUGCACAGAAAUUUCCACAUGGAAAUAUGUUAAUUGUACAUUUAAUAGCUCACAGGAAAUCGAACUCGAGCCAGGGUCAGUUCCGGGAAAUAUAAUCGAGAUGUCCAUCAUUGGAGGCGAGGUCUUAGUUUUCAAAUCCGCUACUAUUCAAAUGGCGCAAGGAUUGAGUCUGUUGAGAGUCGAUGGAACAAAAAAUCUUAUUAUACAUAAACAAGCUUUUAGCAUAGACAGUCCCACGUUUUUCCUUCAAGUUCAAGAUUGCCAAAAGUUUGUUUUGGAAAGUAAUGGAAUUAAAACAAGCAAGACCUCAAUAACCCUUGAAGUAAAACACUGCAACCAAGUGGCCAUAAAAACAUCAGCGUUUAGUAAAUUAUCAAGCGGAACUUUUGAACACAUUUCAAGUCUUAUCUUGGAAGAGACAACUUUUUCGUUCGAAAUUAACCACAACGAUCAUCACCACGGUCCAGUAACCAAUCUUUCCUUUUUACAUGUAAAAAUAGUCGAAAUCCCUCGAAGAGCAUUCGUCGCAUCCCUCUCAGAAAUAAAAAUCCAUAAAUGUGAAAUCAGAAAUAUACAAUCAGAAGCUUUUGGAAUGAACCUAAUCGCUUCCAUAUCGAUAAGAGACACAACAAUCAAUAAAAUGCAGGCGAGAGCUUUCAGUGAUAAAACUUUGAUCAUCAAAUUUGUAUUAAACAAUUCCAAAAUAGCCGUUUGGGAAUCAAACGCUAUUAAAGGAGCGGUUACAAAUUUAACUGUUAUAAACAAUACGAUAACAGAAAUCGGAUCUGAGGCAGUCGUCUCAACCACAGCAACCGCAAUAAUAAAGUACAACAAAAUAAAAACUAUAGCAAGUGAAGCAAUAAUAUUAAAAGAUUUCAAUCAACUCCUCUUCACCAAUAACAUUAUAACAAGUUUAAAUAAAUCGUUUAUAAACUUCACAUUUACAAAUCCAAACGUUUUGAAAGAAUUUCAUUUCGUUGAAAAUGAAAUUUAUCACACAAAUCCAGGGGCGUUAGCUUUCGUGCCUUUAUUAUUACAAAUCGAGCCAUCGAGCAUAUUUAAAGAUAAUCUUUUUAACCAAACGUGCCAUUGUACAAUAAGCGACUGGUUGGGUGCUUUAUUUGAUACGCAAAACGUUUUCUUUGCGUUAAAUACAAGCUUUUGUACGGUAGAUCCAAUAAUUUCAAAUUGUUUCAAAAUAAACGAGCGAUUAAUAAACAUGGAAAAUUUUACCGAAUUAGUUUGUGGGGAUGGUGAUAAAAUAAUCUGCGAGGAAUACAACGGGGAAACGAAAAUUUUAGAUACAACAGCCACGAUGUUGUUUGAUGAAGAAGAUAGUGGACCAAGUACUCAAUUAGUUUGGGGAAUUUUUGUUAUAAUUUUAGUGUUAAUAGCCGUCAGUGGAACGAUCGUCAUCCUUUUAAUAAAAGGGGGAAUUUGGAUGAAGAAGAAAGGUUAUUGUGUCCACUUCAGGGAUCGCUUAAAUCAUGCAGAACAAAGUUUCGACGACGAAAGAGACAUGGUUGAACAAGAACCUUGCACGACAGAAGAAUACGACGAAGGAGACGAUUUAGAAAGACUCAAAGAGCUUUUAGACCGAUUAAAAAAAGAUAUGGAGAGUCCAGACGAUGAUAUACGCCUCCAAGCAGAAACUCACAUUCAAAAAUUAUACGAACAGUUCAGCGCAACAAAUAAUAACCGCCAAGAAGAAGAAACGCAUUUAUACGAAGAAUUAGGAAAUAUGCAAAACGGCAAACCAAAAACAUUAACAAAUCUACACAUUGAGACUCAAUCCAAACCAGUCGUAGUCGAUUACUCGGAACCUACAGACGCAGCCGUCCAUUUUUACUCUGAAUUAAAACAGAAUAAAAACGAUGAAGACGAUAUCAGUCAUAAAUCAUCGCUUAAAUCGAAUGCGUCCGGGAAAAUGGCUUUUAGGCCGCUUCCUGAAAAACCUAGAGACAUUGAAAACCCAGGACCAUCUCGGAAUUAUUAAGCGAUUCCUAAAUCUUCCUUAAAAAAAACUAAGUGUACAUAAAUAUUAACGAAACACGUUUAAAACGAGUACGUUAAAUGCCAUUACAUUAUUAACUGUGAUACAGAGCGGCGAUACGACCGAAUUUUUAAUAAUAGCGCUACGUGGAGCGCAACGAAUUUUGUAUAUUUUGUAUUUUUAUUUUAGGUAAUUAACAAUAUUAUAAAAAGAAAAAUUAAUUAAU